UUAUGAUCAGGUUAUAAGUGCUUUGAGGAUUUGAGUAGAUGCUCAAUAUGGCGGAGGAGAACACAUCACAGAUGAAAGAGGAGGUGCCAGAGCUUGCACCUUUCGACCCUACGAAGAAAAAGAAGAAGAAGAAGAAGAAGAAGAACGUGGUGAUUCAGGACCCUGCAGAUGAGGUGGAUAAGUUGGCUGAGAAGACUAAGAAUUUAACAGUUACUGAGUCUGGUGAGCCAAGUUUUGCUGGGAUGAAAAAGAAAAAGAAGAAACCAGUGGAAACUGAUUUCCUUAUUAAUGAUGAGAAUGGGGAAACUAGAGAGGAUGUUACUGAUAAGCAGUGUCUGUCAUGCAUGAAAUAUAUAGUUUGUAGUUUGUACUUUGUAAAGGUGGUUUCGAAGAUUUUCAAAAUGUUAUACAAAGAAAAGAUUUUGCUAUAA